AUGGUGGAUAGCAUUGUAUAUUUCAUACUCUGGAUCUUACCUUCAGAGUUGAGUAGCCGCAUUCUGUCAUCGCACCCUGAAUGGGCAUUGCUUCGACACUUUGUCUUCAAGAAGCAGAAGGAAUACUGGGAGAGUGAAUUCGAGCUAGAAAAGGCGGCUUACGAGAUGCUCAAGCCCCUCCAGGGGCACUUCAUCCCCAUCUGCUUCGGCCAGGUCGACUAUGACGAUACCCGGGCUCUACUCAUGUCCGACAUAGUCGGUGCCUGUCUCGCAACUCCUGAAGGUGCAGUCCUGCGGCACGACGAGCUCCAGCCAUUGCUGGAGGAAACCCUGACUGUCUUAGUCAACGCGGGUAUGUCGCAUGAUGACCUCAAGCUAGAUAAUUUUCAUCUGGUAGAGGAUGACCUUGGUGGUGAUAGGAUCAUGACUGUUGACCUGGAGAGGGUUGACAUAGGUCUUUCGGAGAAGCAGGCAGCUUUCGCCAUCAAGUGCGCCGUCGACAUUUUGAUGCAGGCGUACAAGGCCCAUCUUGAAUGCUUGGAGCAUGAUGGGUUGCUCCAGCCAAAGAAAUACCCUUCAAAGAGUAGCCAAGGAGAGACAUGA